CAGCCACAUGCACUUAGAUAUUCAUUUCCCAAAAUCAAACAAGUAAUACUCUGUAGAAAUGUCUCUGUCAAAUGGGAUGACGCCGGUUCUAAUGAUGUUGGUGGUACAAGUGGCUCAAGCUGGAGUCCACAUCUUCUUCAAGUUGGCCAUAAGCAGUGGCGUGAGCGUACCUGUCGUCCUAGCUUACCGUUUCCUCCUCUCCACCGCGGCUAUGGUUCCUCUGGCUUUCUUCUUCAACCGGGGAAAAAGACUGAAAAUGACAUGGAAAAUUAUCUUCCAAGGCUUCAUCUGUGGCUUAUUCGGGGGAUCAUUAGGGCAGAAUUUAUAUUUCAAAAGUAUGGCUUUAACGUCGGCUACAUUCAUGAGUGCAGUGGCUAAUCUUGUACCCGCUAUAACCUUUAUCGUUGGCUUUUCAGUUGGGUUGGAGAGAUUAGAGUUUGGAACAGCUGUAGGGAAAGCAAAAGUAUUCGGGACAUUAAUGGGAAUUGGUGGCGCGAUGCUGUUCAGCUUUUACAAAGGCUUUCCUAUUCAGUUCUUGAAGUCCGAAAUUAACCUUCUUCCUGGUACUAGCACCCGCCACGUGGCUUUUCUGGCUUCUGAUCACCGUGUGUUGGGAGCCUGUUUGGCCCUUACUAGCUGCUUCUCUUAUUCUAUAUGGAUCAUUUUACAGACAAAGAUGAGUGAAACAUUUCCAUGCCCGUACGCAAGUACCGGGUUGAUGAGCUUAAUGGCCUUCUUCCAAUCGACUAUCUAUGCAUUGUGUGUGGAGAGGGAUUGGUCACAAUGGAAGCUCGGGUGGGACAUUAGGUUAUGGACCGUUGCAUAUUCGGGAACAGUGGGAACAGCAUUAGUAGUGACAUUAAUUACAAUUAGUUCGAGGCUAAGGGGUCCACUCUUUGUAGCCAUCUUCAACCCCCUCUUGCUCGUGAUUGUCGCCUUGGCUGGUGUUUUUUUCUUGGACGAAAAGCUUUACUUAGGAAGUGUACUGGGGGCAAUAUUGAUUGUAUGUGGUCUAUAUGUUGUGUUAUGGGGAAAGCAUAAUGAGAUGAAGAAGAGGAUAAAUGAAGUUGUUCCAUCUAACGAAAACGAAGCACAAAAAUCAGUUGAGAUUAUCGUUGUCAAUGGUAGCAACGGGAGCUCUUCUGUAGAAAUGAAAUGACGGAAAAUGGUACUAUAAGUGAAAGAAAGGACGGUGUAUCAUGCGUCGACAGAGAAGAACAUACGCUGGCAGAUCCAAGAUGAUAUUAAAAAAAAAAAAGAUGAUAUUUUACUGGGAUCAAUAUAUCAAAAUAAAUUAUAAAUUAUAAAAAAUGAGAAAAUAGUAAAAAGUUAUAUGCAUGCUAAUGUUCAAAUUCAUAGUAUUCCGAAUAUUCAUAUUUCUCAUCUAAGAACAAUAAACAA